AGCCCCAAAUUUCGGGCAGGACUGUGCCAAGGCUUGGGAUGACCUGGAGUGCCACUGGUGGGGUGGGAGCAGCCAAAGUCCAGGAAAGUUCCCUAAAAGCCCAGCCAGUGUCAGUAAUUAGGGAUGUGUGAAAUUUGGGGCACAAGAAGUGGGGGGUUUGUUGGUUUUUUCUUCCCUGAAAUGACUGAGAUGUUCCUCUUUCCACCGCUGACCACCGGCUGGCUGUCCCUGCCAGUUCUUGGAAAGCACAAUAGAGAUUUUUUUUUUUUUUUUUUUUAGGGAGAAGUGGGGUUCACAGGCAGCUGCUUUCACUUCAGGGCUCCAGGGCUGUCCCUGUGACCUCCACAGGGUGACAGAGAGUGGCUCUCAGGUGAGAUUUUUGGGGACAGGAGCACGAACAGCCCCAAGCUGGUACCCCAGAGACACCUCGAGGCUUGUCCCCCUCCUGCCACAGGACAAUGUCCUUUUAUUUCAGUACCUACAAGCAGCAAAAUACUGAUUUCCCUCACUUGGUGCCUUGAGAGCCUACCUGGAACAGAGGCUAGACAGAGUUAAAGGAAUAAAGUAGGUAUUUAUAUGUACUAUAAUAUAUAAAUAUUAGGUAUGUAUGGAUAUUAUAAUAUAUAAACAUAUAAACAUACAAAUAUAUAAAUAUAUAAAUAUAUAAAUAUAUAAAUAUAUAAAUAUACAAAUAUAUAAAUAUAUAAAUAUACUAUAAUUUAUAAAUAUUAAAAUAUUAAAAUAAAUAUUAGAAUACUUACUAUUACCCAAUACCUUGGGCAAUAAAAAAGCCAGGCCAUGGCUCCACCAAAGAUGGAAGGUGGUCGUGAUUUUUCACACUUUUAUCAGUUCUGAUCCAUUUCCACAUUGGGUUCACUGUCCAAUCCCAGCUCCAGCUCUGCAGUCCCACCCUCCCAGAUUCUCUCCUCCCUCUGGGUUUUUUUUUCACUUUUUGGGGUGAAGCUGCAGCGGUGUCCUUGGUUGUGGGGCUGGGAAAGGAUUGGUUUGUGUGACUGAGCUGUGAGGAGAGCUUGGAACACUUUGUGUGGAGUUCAGAGUCACACAGCAGUGCACUGCAGAAUCUGGAAAUACAAAACUAAAACCUAAGGCAUGGCACUGCCGGGCAGUCUGGAGGGGUUUCCCAAUAAUUUUUAAUGUUCUCACUGUGAGCUGGAGGUUUUUCCUCAGCAGUUUCUCAUCCUUUGCUCGCAUCACAGUUUAAAUCUUCAGCGCUUCCCUGGCUGCUCCUCUGUUCAGGUGCUUGGAAAUCAGGCUGGUUUUACCCCUUGUCCCUGGACUAAACCUGGUUUUACCCCUUUUCUCUGAACUAAAGCUGGUUUUACCCCUUUUCUCUGAAGUCAGGCUGGUUUUACCCCUUUUUCCCUGAACUAAAGCUGGUUUUACCCCUUUUCUCUGAACUAAAGCUGGUUUUACCCCUUUUACUCUGGCGUUUUGGGCAUUUUGAUGUCAGCAGCAGCUGUUUUUAGUUUUGGGGGUUUUUUUUGUUUUUUUUCCUUCUUUUUGGUUUUUUUUUUUUUUUUUUUUUUUUUUUUUAUGGCUGCUCGCACUGCCCCCGGGUGAUCUCGGUUUAGUGGAAGGCAGAGCAUUUCCCUGAAGAACCUCGGUGCUGAGAUUGCUCACCCUGGCACUUACGAAUCACCUCCAGAAGGCACCACGUGCAGAAUUUCUGCCCGAGCUGAGGCACUGCUCGCUGCCAGGCUGAACCUCACAGCCUCUGGAUUUCGAUAAAACCAGGGAAUGUUCAUUAGGGAGCUCUCACAAAAUGAGCAUUUAUUUGGGGCUUUCUGAAGUAGUAAAGCAGAAAAACACGAAGAUGUGUACUUAAUUUCUGUACGUAGCUCCUGUACAUAAUUUCUUUAUGUAACGUCCCCGCUUUUCAGGAGCUGGUAACAGGAAUUCCUUUCUCUCUGAGCACCAAAAUGCCAUUUUCAUGGAUCGUGCCCUCAGCAAUUUGGUUGGUGCUGCACUUCCCAGCAGAAUCCUGCCGGAGAGGGGCGGUGAGUGCGGGCAGAGCUGCCCGCGGUGGCACCGCAGGGCUCUGUGCCAAGGGCAACGUGACAGCCAGCACCGCCAGCGCCAUCCGGAGCGGCACCAAGGUCACCCUGUCCUGCCAGCUGCGAGCACCCCCGACACCUGCCGGCUGCUGGGCUGCGAUUUUCCUCAACGCCUCCGAGCAAAUCAGGAGGGAGGGAGGCUCAGUCAGCAAAACCUUUGUGGUCGCUGCCCACGGCAAGCACAUCUUCACCUGCAAAGCCAUCUGUGGGGACAAGGCCAAACUCGUUUGUGGAAUCGAUAUCCUCUGUGGAAAUCCUCCAGAGGAGCCCAGGAACGUGUCCUGUAUCCAGUAUGGGACACGGGGACAUCCCACCUGUACCUGGGACAAAGGAAGGCUCACCUACCUCGACACUGCCUACAGAAUAGAGCUCUCCAAUGGCACCGAUGCCUUUUGCUUUCCAGAAGAAAUCCCCAACCAGGUGUUUGGCUCUCAGGCUCUGAGCAAGCUGGAUUUUGACUCCAAUUACACCGUGGUGGUUUCUGCCUACAAUAAAUUAGGAAAUGCCUCUUCCCAGCCCCUCACCUUCAUGUUAGUAGACAUAGUGAAGCCAAACCCUCCUGAUUUUUCAGUGGAAUUUGAUGAUUCUUCUGCCACCAGCUGCAGCUUUUUCUGGCACGAUGAAGCACAAGCACAGCACUACAGGCUGAGAUAUCGUCCCCUCAGCAGGCACACCUGGAGCACGGUUGAAAGCUUCAGCAGGGAGAAAUAUCAUCUCCAGGGGCUGGAGCCUGACACAGAGUAUGAGUUCCAGGUGAGCUGCAGGAUCCUGCCUGGGCGAGGGCUGUGGAGUGACUGGAGCAGGAGCCAGAGCCGCACUCCAGCAGCAGUGCCAACUGGGAUCCUGGAUGUCUGGUACCGGCAGCAGGACCUGGACUCUGGGCACCAGAACCUCUCCCUGUUCUGGAAGGCUCUGAGCAAGUCAGAGGCAGGAGGGAGAAUCCUGGGAUACACGGUGACCUUGGAAGCCCUGGAGCACGGGGAGCUGCCAGCACAAUCCCACCAGACCACCCAGACCAGCUUCUCCAGGGUCAUCCCCAGGCUGGGCCACAGGGUCACGGUCAGCGCCCGUAACCCCCGGGGCAGCUCAGCCCCUGCGGCCAUCCUGACCCACCUGGGCAGCCCAGAUCUGCCCCCUCCCGAGCGAGUCUCUGCCGUGGCCCUGGGGAACAGCAGCAUCCUGGUGAGCUGGAGCCCUCCUGCUGGAGCCACCGUGCCCAUCCAGGGGUAUGUGGUGGAGUGGGCACAGCCACACCUGCAGCCCUGGCACACCUGGGUGAAGCUGCCCCCGUCCCACCUGUCCACGGUGAUAGCAGAGCACAUCAGAGAUAAUGUCUGCUAUCAGAUCCACGUGUCUGCGCUUUACCAGGACAGAGCUGGACAGGCAGCAUCCACCAGGGGGAACUCCACAGCCCAAGCCCCAUCAGCUGGGCCCCAGAUGUUCACAACCCCCUGGGCCAGCGGUGUCCUGGUUUCCUGGGAGGAGAUCCCAGCUCCCCAGCAGAGGGGCUGCAUCACUGGCUACCACAUCUACCUGCACAGGAGGGACAGGCAGGGCCAGCCCCAGCUCCACGCCAUUCCUGCCGGGAGGGCUCCUCGCUCCCUGCACAUCCCUGACCUGGAGCCCGGGGAGCACCACGACCUUUGGAUGACAGCGGCGACAGCGGCCGGGGAGGGGCCCCGGGGCAACAGCGCCAGCGUCUGCCUGGAAAGUGCUGAGGGCUGGGGGACUCUGGUGCUCACCUGCAGCUUCUUCAUCCUCUCAGCCUGCGUUUGUUCUGUGCCUCCAGCAAGGAAAGCAUUACAGUGGCUCCUGUCCCUCCUCCUGCCACAGUGGCAGAGCAAAUCCAUUCCUGACCCUGCCAACGCCACGUGGGCCAAGAGCUUAGAGGCUACCAAAGCGGAGCUGAGCGCUCCCUCCAGCCCCUUCCUACCCAGUGCCUUCGAGGAGCCCGAAACCAGCCCGGUGGAGGAAACUGCGGGGGAACCCGAGCACCCCAUCCCUGGGGGGAUCCCUGGGGAUAAACUGGUGGUGGACAGCAGGGGACACGGGGAGUGGGCACAGGAGGAGCAGCAGCUCCCGGAGCUGUACCAGAGGCUGGUGGUGGAGGCGAUGGAGCCCAUGGGCGAGUACAUCUCUAGUCCUGCCAUCUCCUCCCUGUCCCCAGCUCCAGACUCAGCCCCCGAGCCUGAGCCUGAGCCCAUCUCCUUCUCCUCCUUCCCAAACCCAUUCCUGACUCCCGUGCUCUGCUGCCCAGGGAAUCUCACUUUGGAUCGGGUGAAACUCAGCUGCAGCUCCUUCCCAAGGUAG